GACGCUCGGCGGGCGAGGCGCGAGCACGCAACUAGUGUUCCUUGCGAGCGGGCUUGUUUUUGUUUUUGUGUGUGGGGAGGUUGCCAUGGCGACGCGCGGGCCGCCGGCGGUACGAGUGCGCGACGAGAGGGCGUGAGAGCUGGAUCACCCGGGGGGCUUCCCGGCGUCGCCGUGGGCGGCGGCGGUGCUGGGCCACCACGUGGCGGGCGAGCACCAUGGCUACCCGCCGCCCCACCACCACCACCACCACCACGCCGCCCCCGCGGCAGCCGCCAUGCCCAUGGACCUGCACGUGCCGCAGGGCUUCCCCUACUACAGGUAUCGGGAGGAGGCGCUAUGCUGGACGGACAGGAAGCCUUCCGUGGACGACGUCGGCAACCCCACCUCCGUCAACGCGCGCAUCUUGGAGCUGCGCAAGGAGAAGAGCCGGGACGCGGCGCGCUCCCGCCGCGGCAAGGAGAACUUCGAGUUCUACGAGCUGGCCAAGAUGCUGCCCCUUCCGGCGGCCAUCACGAGCCAGCUGGACAAGGCGUCCAUCAUCCGCCUCACCAUCUCGUACCUGAAGCUGCGCGACUUCUCGGGCCACGGGGACCCGCCCUGGAGCCGGGACGCCCCUCCGCCGGGCAAGAGCGUCAAGGGCACGCCGCUUAAGCCCCGCUCCGUGGCUGGCAUAGCCAUGGACAUGUUCGAGCAGCACCAGGGCACGCACAUUCUGCAGUCGCUGGACGGGUUCGCCUUCGCGCUGGCGGCCGACGGCAGGUUCCUCUACAUCUCGGAGACGGUGUCCAUCUACCUGGGGCUGUCGCAGGUGGAGAUGACGGGCAGCAGCGUGUUCGACUACAUCCACCAGCAGGACCACGCCGAGCUGGCCGAACAGCUGGGGCUGGGGCUGGCGCAGGGGCAGUCCCUGUCCUCCCCGGGCAGCGCCGGCAGCGAGGAGGGCGGCAACUCCAGCUCCGGCACCAACAACCCCGACGUGGCCACCAUCAUGACGCUGUCGGCCAACAACGCCUACAAGGGUCUGGACCGCGCCUUCUGCAUCCGCAUGAAGUCCACCCUCACCAAGAGGGGCUGCCACUUCAAGUCGUCCGGCUACAGGGUGGUGCUGGUGCUGUGCCGCCUCAGGCCGCAGUACACCUUCUCGCACUCGCGCAAGGCCUCGCCGCCGCUGCUGGGAGUGGUCGCCAUCGCCAUGGCGCUGCCCCCUCCCAGCGUGCACGAGAUCCGCCUCGAGUCCGACAUGUUCGUCACGCGCAUCAACUUCGACUUCCGCAUCGCGCACUGCGAGCCCAGGGUGUCGGAGCUGCUGGACUACUCGGCGGAGGAGCUGACUGGCAGGAACCUGUACGCGCUGUGCCACGGCGAGGACGCCAACAAGCUGCGCAAGUCGCACCUCGACCUGAUCAACAAGGGCCAGGUGAUGACGCAGUACUACCGCCUCAUGAACAAGAACGGCGGCUACACGUGGAUGCAGACCUGCGCUACCGUCGUCUGCAACUCCAAGAACGCCGAGGAGCAGAACAUCAUCUGCGUCAACUACGUCAUCACGGGUCGCGAGUUCGAGAACUUGAUCAUGGACUGCUGUCAGCUGGAGGACUCGGGACAGGGGGUGAAGCGCGAGGAGGCGGGCGGGAACGACCCGGAGAACGGUUCCCCCGACGCCGACAGGGGCAGCAGGAACGCCGGCGGAGCGCCGCGGCCGCAGCAGGACCCGCACCGGUCGCCCCCGGACCUGGAGGACGGCUCCUCGGAGCCGCCGGGCGACCAGCGGGGCCGCGGACAGCUGGACCACGCAGCGCAGCUGCGCGCCGAGCACAUCAGGCUGGCGGCGGGGCUCAGCAUCCGCGCGCUCAAGAAGCUGUCGGGCGAGAAGCAGGCGCCGCGGCGCGCGGGCAAGCGCAAGCUGGCCGACGACGACAGCAGCUGCUGCAGCUCCGAGGAGGAGGAGGAGGACGAAGAGGAGGACGAGGAGGAGGUCGCGCGCGGCAAGCCGCCUCCGCCGCCGCCGCGCGUCGCCGUGCUCAGCCCCGCCUCCUCGUCCUGCCACUCGUCGGCGACCGGGGCUCCGGCUCCCAGCCCAGGGGAGGCCGCCGCGGCGACUACCGUCAAGGACCUGGAGCACGCCAUGUCCAAGCACCUGCCGCGCGCGUCGCCGCCUCCGGCCGCCGCCCACCAGCCCACCGACUUCAGCGCCGACGCGCUGCUCAAGCAGCAGCAGCAGCGCUCCACGAUCCAGUGGAUCGGCGCGCACCACCACCACCACCACCACCACCCCUCGCUGGCGCACCAGCAGCAGCUGCCCGCCUCGGCGCUGCUGCGCCAGCUCUACGCCAACCGCGAGAGCGUGAUCCGCGCCAACGUGCACGCGGGCGCGCGCCCCGGCGCCGGCUACUACGCCGCCGCCGACGCCGCGGGCCCGCUGCCCACCCCGCCGGGCAGCGACGGCUCCUCGGCGUACGGCGACCACCAGUUCGCGCUCGGCCAGAAGCCCGACGCGUUCGGCAGCCUCGUGUCGUCCUACUCGGGCGGCUACGCCGUCGACUACCACCCGGCCAUGACGCCGCCGUCGUCGGUGAGCCCGCGCGACAAGACGCACCACGCGCAGCAGGGCGGCGCCGGCGCGCACUUCGACGCCUACCCGGAGGUGCUGCGGCCGCAGUUCCUGGGCGGAGACGCGCCGGCGCAGCCCCUGCCGCUCAAGCCGCAGGUGUACUCGGCGGUGCACCACGCCGGGGCCCUGGACGCCGCCUACGCCGCCUCGGCGUCGCUGGACCAGUCGCAGUUCUACCACCACCCCGCCUCGGGCGCCGGCUUCCACCUGUACCACCCGUCCGGCAAGAGCGCGGCCGCCGCGGGCAGCGUGUACCCCGAGGCGCUCAAGAACCCCGCCAACUGGUACUCCGCCGCGUCCUAGUACAAGUAGGCGCCCCGCGUCCCCCCCUCCCCCAAAACCCGUACUUAAAUGCCAAAAAAAAAAAAAUAAACAAAAAAAACUGAACUCCUUGCACCCCCGAGGAGAUCGCUUGUAGGCCCCUGUAGUGCGCAGUAGCGUGCGGACGGCGCGUUUCGGAGCGCCCCCCGACGUGGCGGCCCGAAGCACCGCGAUAGAUCCAGUAUUACCCCAGGUUGUGUGCUCCAGCGAGUCUGCAGUCACGUGGGCGGGUGUCUCUCCAACAUAUCAGCUCCGUGCGCGACGAGCAGCGGGAAUAGUGUCUGCAGCGGCGAGGUGGCGGAGAUCGGAAAGAUUUCGGCCGAGUGUUGCGUCUGUUUUGAAAUUUUAUUCGCUGGAGUGUAUACAGGUUGAAGACGUAGUCUACUGUAAAAAAAAAAAAGAUCAGAAGUCGAUUCAUUGUUUUUUAUGAUUAUCCUUAUUUAUGAUCAAUGCAUUAGGGUGUAUUAAUUGGCGAUGCGUAGUAAAAAAAGAACAAUCGGCAGAUAUAACUGUUCGGAAGUUUAAGAGAAAGGACGAACUGUAACUCUCCAAAUUAGUUGUCGAUGAUGUGUACUGAGAAUGUAUCUGGGUGUGUGGGUGUGUGCAAAUCGUGCCAACGGCCAUGACCCGACGAAGAAGACGUUCCGAAGGACGCCGAAGAAAUGUUGGACUGGACAUCAUGUACCUACUUGUUACUUCUUUGGGCAUUGGCAGCAAUGGAGGCAGGCAUGUGAAGCAUAUAUUCAAAUUGUUGUACAUACUUACAAAAAUAAAUAGUCAUAGCGUGUAUGUAACGACUAAGUGUGUGGUGAGCAUGCAUUUCCAUCUCUCUCUCUCUCUCUCUCUCUCUCUCUCUCUCUCUCUCUCUCUCUGUCUCUUACGUUGUGUGCAGGCUUUUCAGAAAAGAACGCUAGGAUCUCAUGAUGUCUCGUUGAAUCACCGCGAUGUUUCUAGUGCAGUCAGAACUUUGUGAUGUCGUGCUGCUAAGAGGUGAAGUUUAAACGUCGUCCCAUCUAUUUCCUUCGUGGAACUGCUUGUAUCAGUAGACAACUGGUAGUUUAGGAAGAACACGUGUCGAUGAUGUUUGUCCUGGCCAGACACCUUUGUUCCUCCAGUUCUGCUGCUACCAGCAGCCUCUCUUACCAUAGUUUCCAUUUCUUCAAUAGAGACAGUUGUAAUUCGCCAACAUAUUUCGUGCCAAGAUAUUUCCGGAAAUUCUAUCCUAUAGGUUAUAGUAGCUAUGGACAAUAUUUUAUGGUUAGGGACACCUGUAUUUCGCGAAUACAUUUCGUUUCAAGGUAUUUCACAAAACACUGUAGCUUUUUCUAAGAGUCAUGGCAAAUUGUGAGCGUGCAGCAGUACGGUGACCACGUUCUCAUUGGCCCCGUCAAGAGCGGGACGACACCUCUCACCGACCGCAGCCAAUAACCACAGGAGAAAAGCUACAGUAUUUUGUGAAAUACCUUGACACGGAAUGUAUUCGCGAAAUACAGGUGUCCCUAAUGGUAAAUUGCAACAAAGUCGAAAUAACCCCGAAAAGCGUGUCGGUCCACUAUAUAACACAGAGAUACAACUUAAUAUGCUAUACAGCACCGAGAUGCAAGUAAAACUUGAAACCAGCUUGAAUUCUAACAAAACGUAGCUCAAGAAAUAUAUUUAAUUAUGUUAAAUUCAAUUAAGUUUGUAACGAAAAGUAUGUAAAGGAAUAAUGGAUGGGAUGAAAAUAAUUUAGCUUUUUUUGAUCUUGAGUGUCUCUUAUUAAUUCAAUUUUUAAUCACUGAUGUUGAUACAUUUAUUUUUUUCAAAAACACAAAUGCUUGCCCGUAUAUAUUUAUUGUUCUUAGUAAUUCUUUCCCAGACCUGCUCAUAACAAAUUAUUAUAUUUAAAAAAAUGCAACAUGUCAUACUCAAUAAUAAUACGCUAUUUUUUUGUUUGAAAUAAGUGGGUAUAAAUGAAUAUCUUAGUCUUAUUUGUUGUAUACGUAUAUGUAUUAUGAAUAAACUGAAUUUAUAUAAAAAUGAAAGCAAUGACACCAAGAUCAAUUUUAAAAACAUAAUGGCCCUAAAAAAAUUAAAAAAUACAUAUAAUAUUGUCUCAACAUUCAGCUAGAGAGAAAGAAUAAUCACGAAAUUUUUUGGACAAAGAGUGUCUGCAAAACACGGUAUUUUCUUCGCUCUGUUUUUGGUUGGAAAUGAUAUUUUGACAGGAUGUAGGCCUAGUUACUUUCGGACGAAUCACGUACGUUUUGUAAUUGAAAAUUGUGUAAACAUAAAUGAAGUGCAAUGAAGCCUAACAAAUCGACCAAUUUUUCUGCAGUGAGUCGCCAUCCCUGCCUAUUGCGUUUUUAUUUUUUUAUUUCCUCUGGUCGGUGGACUUCUGUUUAAAAGAACAGUUGUAAUUUCGCAGACGAAGCUCAGAUGUCGACAGUACAGCUACCAAAUUAUGAUUGGCUGGGCCUAAUGCCCAAUGAGUUAUUCUCGCUUAUAGGAACCAAUAUAUGGAGCUACCCUGUGUUUCACAAAGACGUUUCGUAUCAAGAUAUUUCCCAAAACACUGUAGCCUAUCUUUGCUGUUGUGGUGAAUCAUAAGCUUUCAGUUGUACAGUAAGGGCGCUGUCAUUAGCCCAGUCGAGUGUGGGACCGACCUUAGCCAAUAGUAAACGGACUGUUCAAAAGCAUUAACACAGUGUGUUUAAAAAUAUAUAUAUCCUACAUGAAUAAUAGGGAAAGAAACAUUGUUAACAGAAACCAGUGAUUCGAAGUGUGACAAAGAGCCAAUCUUUUCUGCUAGUAUAACUGUCUCUAUAAUCAUCACUAGUGACACAACAUGGAACCCUUACUUAACUUAUUCAAGCACCUUAAAAGCCUAAUUUAAUUAUUCAAAUAAAAUCUAAAACUGUUUCUUAAACAGAUUGUAACAUAUUUAUCGUAUGAUAUUUUUCCCCCCCCUGGGUAACAUUCCUGACGCUCUGGAAUCAUAAAAUUUGAAAGUCUCUAUAAAUUUUCUGUCAAAUAAAACAUUUAAUUUCAACGGAAAUGAGAAUUAGUAACGUGGAGAACACUUAUACACAUACUUCUAAAAAGGGUACCAAAGAGAAAACUUUGAUGUGCCAGUUUGAGAAAUUGUAUAGCAUAACCAUAUACUGUUUGUUGCCUGUGUACACAAUUGGAGGAUAUUUUAUAAAAUGUGCUAAAAAAAUAAAUCUUAAUUUAGACAUUAUCAGUUUGGUUCACUGAACAAUAUCGAAUGUAAACUAUUCUAAGACAUAUUUAGCUAUAGCACAAAGUUCAAGAUUGGAAAAUAAAUUUUAAAAUGAUACAUGUAUCUCACUCGUAUGAUGAAUUAUUUAAAUAAUGUAUUGUUAAUUAGUUUUUAAAAUGUAAUAUGUUGUUAUAUUACAUUUGAUGAAAUGGAAGCUUCUUUUCUUGUCUAUGUGUGCUAUUGUGGACAAGCUGAAGUUAAUAUUACUGUGCAAUAAACUUAAAAUAGCCAAUUUAGAGGAUCUACGAUUGUAUGCAGUUAUGUAGAUAUUUGUCUGUCUUUGUUUCAUCCGAUUUACUAUUGUUUUUCUCUGUCAGUGAACUAUUGUGCUAUUGUUGGCUCCUUAAUUUCAUACAUUUAAAAAAGACAGACAUGCUAAGUUUUGUUUUAUUUUUUCUUCAGAUACUUUUAAAUGUUUAUCAUUACAGUUUACGUGUUGUUUGAAAACAAGAAAUAAUGAUUUGUUAUUCUGUUGUAAGAUUAUUUGUUGUUUUUUUUUAAUAAAAUUAUUAGGAGUCGUAUAUUUCUUCUGUUCGUGUGUUCGUUAAUUGUUAGGGUUUCUUUCCAUUUGUUGGAGUUGAAUAAACAUAUAAAAUCAUUACCACCAGAAUAUUUAUCUCUCUUUGCAAACCUUCUCCCUGACAUUAAAUUAACAAUAUAUAUUUUUAAAAUUGCUAAUUUCAUUUCAUUUUGACAUUGACAGAGUGAAAAUGACAAUAACCUUUAUCUUACACUUUAUAUCAAUACAACUUAUUUUUAGAGUAAUCAAUAAAAAUAUUAUUGACACAUCAGACACAACAUGAGGCAUUUGGAGGAGGUGUUAAGGGGGGGGGGGGGGAUUUACAUACAAUCUAAUAAAUUCUAAAAACAACAUAGAAAAAUCGUAUUUGAUCAAUUAAUAAUCCUGCUGAGUACAAAAUACAGAAUGGAACAUUUCAAAAUACGUAUUUUUUAUCGAACGUAUACUGUACAAAAAAAUCGUGUCAGGGUUUUGUCAACAAAUUCUGACAGCUCGAAAGCAAAAUUGGGCCAUCCUUUCCCUGUCGCAGACGCACAUACCUUCUCUCGGUGACCCCAUUCGACAGUGAUUGAUUAUGCAUGAGCUGGGCUGGGCGAGUUGCUGUGUAUUCAUACCGCUAGACUGACAGUCUUUUGUCCGCGCGGAGCGAAAGCGUCUAUUGACUCCGCGGGUCAUUUUGGAAACUUACGGGAUCAGCUACGCUGGGCGGGGGAAAAAAAAACUAUCUACUCGCGCUUGAAUCCACUCGCUGCUACCAAACUUGUCAAAAUUAAAUAUCACUGUCUAGGCUAGUUAGCCUUUUUGUCAUUAUUUUAUACGAUGAGUGAUCUUUAUUUCACUGCUUUCUGAAUAACUUAUCGUCGGCCGGUAACAUUCGUGUACGUUUUUUUUAUUCUGUCAUUAGUAGAAAAAUGAUGAAAAUAUAAUUAUUCUGUAAUCAUAUCGUUUAAUAUGUUGUGAUGACUAAUAAAAAAUGGACAGCAGAUUACUUAGCGAGUUGGCGAGUUUUGCUAGCUUUGUGUAAUAGGAACUCAUGAAACAAUUAAUACACGCCUACUCGCCAACGAGUAGCUAGCAGACUCGCCCCUGUGAUGAAAAAGCACCCAGAGUUUGGAAAUGCCUGCGUGUAUGUUAAGACAGUUGAUUAUUUCACGAGUAUAAUAUUAUCUCAAGAUAGGCUUCAAAUUCAUACCACCGAAAAUCAACAAUUACGUUACUCUUUUAUCCCCACAUCUGGUAUCCUACUUAAAUAAAGUAAUGUAACGUGUGUGCAGACUGUGAUUUCCUAGGAAAAUUGAUUGAUAGGAUUCAGAACCAUGCAUUGUUACCGAUAAGAAAAUAGGACCCACAUACACCAAAGUGCAGUGACCUGUCAAUGAGUUUGAGACUGUGUUUUGCAUAUGGAUUGAUGAGCGGAAACGUAGACACUGCGUUACAACCAAAACACCUCCUCUCUGCCAGGUAACACUUUUGCCUUGUUUACCCCGAACUAGGGAGG